CUCUUUGUAAAACCUUGAAUGUGUGUAACCACCACUAUUAAUGAUAAUUAAUUUUCCUAUUUGGCGGUGAGGAGAAGAUUUGAAUUAAUGAUAAUUAAUUUUCCUAUUUGGCGGUGAGGAGAAGAUUUGACUGUGAACUCAAUGUAGGAAAAAUGUAAAUUAAGUCAGUAUCUGAUUUUCAUAAAAGUUUAUCUAAAUAAAAUAGAAAACAUAACGAAUCUGGAUAUAUCUAAUUAAUGUUCUUUGAAGGAUCGAAUACACAUUAGAACAUUUAUAAGUAUAUAUAUAGGCAAUGUAGUUCACUUUGUCUAUUACUCAAGUUCCAUAAACAAGUAAAAGAAAUCUAAAACUUUGUUAUUGCAUUGUGUGCAUUCCGUAUAUAUGGAUCAUAACAUGCCAUGUUUCUACACAUUGGCUUUGAUAGUAUUGUUUUUAUGUAUGAAUACUAUUGUUUCUUCUAGAGAUAAGAAAUUGCUUGGUGGAAGAAAUUUGAGCAUUGGUGAUAAGGGUGAUCUUGUGACUAACUUACCAGGCCAGCCUCAAGCAGAUUUCAAACACUAUGCUGGUUAUGUCAUUGUCAAUGAAACCAAUGGAAGAUCACUCUUUUAUUGGUUUUUUGAGGCCGUGACAAAACCUGAGGAGAAACCAUUGCUUUUAUGGCUUAAUGGAGGUCCUGGAUGCUCAUCUGUUGGAUAUGGAGCAACACAAGAGAUUGGCCCAUUUUUAGUGGACACUGAUGGCAAAGGACUUAAAUUUAAUAACUUCUCAUGGAAUAGAGAAGCCAACCUGUUAUUCCUUGAAUCUCCUGUUGGAGUUGGAUUUUCCUACUCAAAUACAACCAGUGAAUACAAACAAUUGGGAGAUGAUUUCACAGCUAAUGAUACUUACACUUUCCUACAUAAGUGGUUCCUCAAGUUUCCUUCAUAUAGAACAAGGGCAUUGUACAUAGGAGGAGAGAGCUAUGGAGGACAUUUUGUACCACAAUUGGCUGAAGUUAUCCUUGAUAGGAAUAAAGACCCUUCCCUACAUAUUGAUCUCAAGGGAAUUUUGGUGGGAAACCCUGAAACUUCUUAUGCUGAGGAUUGGUGGGGUAUGAUUGAUUAUGCUUGGAGCCAUGCAGUGAUAUCUGAUGAAACUCACAAAUUACUUAAAACAAAUUGUGAAUUUAAAAGCAGUGAAGAUAUAUUGAGUAAGGAUGAUGUAUGUAAUAAAGGAUUAGAUGAAAUGUUCAAGCAGUACAAUGAAAUUGAUAUCUACAGUCUCUACACCCCUACUUGCUUAGCCAACAAGGGGAUUUCAAAACCAAUGCAAAAGGUUAUGAAGCGUUCAUCAAACAAAGACAUGAUACCAAAGGUAAUGGGUGGUUAUGAUCCAUGUCUAGAUGACUAUGCUAAAAUAUUUUAUAACAGACCAGAUGUUCAGAAGGCUCUCCAUGCCAGUGAUGGUCACAAUCUCAAGAAUUGGAGUAUUUGCAAUGAUGACAUAUUUCACGACUGGGCACAAUCAAAGCGUUCUAUUAUUCCAAUUUACAAGAAGCUUAUUCCAACAGGACUUAGAAUUUGGCUUUACAGUGGAGACACAGAUGGUAGAGUGCCAGUAUUGUCAACAAGAUACAGCAUAAAUCUUCUUGGUUUGCCAAUCACCAAGCCAUGGAGUCCAUGGUACAAUGAAAAGCAGGUUAGUGGGUGGUAUCAAGAAUAUAAAGGGCUUACAUUUGCUACAUUUCGAGGAGCUGGCCAUGAUGUGCCUACUUUUAAACCAAGCAAUUCACUUGUAUUUUUUUCCUCAUUUCUUGCGGGACAAUCACUACCUUCUAUAAGAUGAAAAUCAAGAUUCUACUUUUGGGAUGAGAAAAAAAUGAUCUUAAAAAUGUGAAUUUUUUUUUUUUGCCUAAGUUUCUACCGAUAUAGGGAAGUAAUUCUAAAUUCUUUUGAUAUGAAAUCAAGUACGUGUUUAUAUA